AGGACGCAAAUGACGUAUGCGGAAGUAAGUCAUAUGAGGAAGAACUUGAAUACAAUAAGCGUUUGUUUGUAAAAUAUUAUUCCUUAAACAAACAGUAAAAAAAAAAAAGUUAAACCUCUAGGACUUUAAUAAGGUCACAAUCUUGAAGUGAUUUGUUGAAUACAGUCUUUUUGGUUCUCUACCGUCGUGAGGAUGGAGCUAUCAUCUGUGUCAUGAGAUUCUGCUUCAUCUCGAAGGAAAGCGCAGUGCAGUAGAUGUGGUUGAAAACUACCAGAAAUUUCAAAGAGCUGGGAUGACCCUUGACUGGAAAGCUGUUCAGGAUAUCAUUAGGCUGUUGUCGUUUAAUUUUAGGUCAGCUGCGAAGACUAAACUCACUGCUGAUGGUCUGGUCACUAAAUUAGGAGAGUGUAGUUCUAAAUGGUCCAAAUCAGCUUUACAAGUCAUGCACCAGCUGUGGACUGAGCAUGGCUCUCUUGUACAAACACACCAGGAGCUGCAGGCUGUGGCCAGCAUUGGACAGCUGGUAGAUAUCCAGUGGAAGCUGGGGAUGGCUGUGAGCUCUGAUACAUGUCGCUCGCUCAAUUCCCCGUACAUCUCCGUCCUGAUGAAAAUUGCAGACACAUCUGGAGAGAUUUCCUACAAGUCCUUUGAGAUGACCGUCCUUCAGUUCCAGAACUUCUACAGACAGUUCAAAGAAAUCGCUUCUGUUUUGGAAACAGUGUAAGAGUUCAGCUCCAAAUGUUCGCCAGUUCUCUUCCGGUCCGUAGCCUUUCAGUAUUUACUGACUGUUUACAUUUAAACUCAUUUGGUAUGUACGUGUGAUAUUUGAUUACCCAUAGUGGGAUAUUUAACUACGCUGUAUUUGCCCUGAGAUGCAUUUGAUUUUGAAUGUGUGUGGCCAGAAUAAUUCGUAAUAAACACUGUAUAAAGUUUGAAUAAAGAUCUUUGCUUG